GCCAUAAUCGUCUAAAGCACUAAACCCCACAAUGGCGUUGGAAAUCUUAGAUCCCACUGGUUACUACUAGAGGCCUUCUAGCGUCUUCAGCUUCACAUCUAAACAGACCUGUUGAGGACCAACUUCUACGACCCCGCCGUUUUAAGGUGUACUGCAGAUAUUCGUAACCACUCGAACAAAACCAUCCCAAAAAAAAAAACAAAAACACCAUCACCAAGAUGAAUCGCAAGCUCGAUCCCACCGGAAUGUACCGGCGACCCAGCAGUGGCGCCACCAGCUUCCAGCGCACCCCGUUCCACCAUCAACAGCUGCAAAACCACCAGCGGAUGCCGCACCAUCAUCAGCAGCAGCAGCAGCAUCAAGUAAAGUGCCAUUAUCUCGACCCGACCGGGCUCUACUAGCCUUCGCCUUGGUUUGUGUAGAGACCGGGAUGUAUGGGGUCGAGGAGAACCGCGAGAGCCCAACGCACCCCCGGGGAAAUGGAGCCCCAACCGGCCACCGGCAACCGUGCAGGAACACGGGCAGGAUCUUCCGCAUCGCUCGUGCGCCCAAAGGAGUGUUUUGAGUGCCUGUGUGUUUGUGUGUGGUGACGUGUUUGGGGCUGCAUCCCUCCCGUUGUUCGUGAAUCUCUCGUGCUAGCAGCAGCACAAUGUGAUACUUUUACUGACGUAUUAGCGGAACCGACUGGCCCAUCCUAACUCUCUCCCUCUGUCUCACCUAUAACCUCCACCCGUGACCGGAAAUUUGCCAUUCGACACUACCGACUGGCGGAUGGCACAAUGGUGGACGAUGCCCUGGAUUUUUUCUUUGGGUGCGAGGCCGCAAGGAUUCGUCGAGCGGAAAACUGCGGCAAACGGUGGCUUCCCGGUUCCCGGGCACCCGAUGGGCGAGUUCGUUCGCGGUUCGUUCCAGUGGCAGCAAACCCCCGUGCAUGAAAGGAAGGGUAAUCGUAACCUACUACUAGUAAUUAUUAUUAUUUUUUGUUUUCUUGCACGGUAAGCGCAUGGAGGAGUUAGGAGCAGGUCUUUUGGGUGUAUUUUUUUUAUUUCUUUCAUUUUUUUUUACACUCUCCGUUCUCCAAUCACUUACUGUUUUGGAAAGGGAAGAAGGAUUGAGGCCCGAUAGAUGGAUCCUCCGUUCACUUAUACACAUUUAAACUUCGAAUAGAGUUCGAUCCGAUUCGAGUCUUUAGUGCCUUAGACGCGUUUUACUACUCCACUGACUCACUUACCUACCUUUAGCUACUACUAUUAAUAAUAUUAUUAUUGACUACCUUAAUGUUAAUCUUACUCGCUUAAGCGCCACUCUCCGGUGAGCAAACUUCGUCACCAAAAUCUCACUGCCCUAUUGCGGUUUAAGUAGUGCGUUUUUCUCACGCACCUGUUCACUACUGCGCAUACUGCCUCCCACUUUCACUAUGAUUCAAGCUAGCUAUAUCGUUCAAUUUACAGCGAACGAGUGUUAUUUAACUACUUUUUAGUACAAGCGAAAAGGGCGAAAACAACCUUACUGCCUUAUUUAGACCGUUCCACAGGGGAGGAAGUAUUCUUUCUUUUUUUUUAAAUAAUAAGUUAAUUAUUAUUUUAAUCUCCUACGACCAUCCUGCCAAACACUCACCAGCUACUCACCCUAUCUACUGUGUUUUUUUUUUAGUAGGAAUAGAUAGUGAGAUAGGGAGAACGAGAAAGAGCGUAAAUGAAUCAGCCUCCAAACUGCCAAUAUCGACACGGGCAACGGGCAGCCUUCGGGCACUUUUUGGACUCGUUGCUUAGUGUAUUUUUAAUUUUUUUUUAAUUAUUAUUAUUAUUAUUAUUAUUUGCUCUGUUUUUCACGCGUUUGUGGAACGAAGUGUAGCGUAACUUUCCUAGCGAACAGCAAAAAACAUCAAACAAGUAGCAAUAGUGUGAAAGCGAUUUUUUUUUCUUAUGAAAGCAACUUUGGUUUCCACUUUGAGCGGCACUAACUCACCAUACGCAAGCAAAAAACCAAGAUACAGAAAGAUAGCAGCAACAAAAACCGUUCGAAAUUAACUACGCCGAAUCUGUCCGAAGCAGCGCAGGAAAGGAAACGAUAUGAUGAUUAUUAUCAUUAUUAUUUUAUUAUAUAUUAUUAUAUUAUUACGGAAUAUUUGUUGAACAUAUUAUUGAGGAAAACCAUAUAAA